UAAGCAAGCGCCUGCACCUGCGCCACUGCAUGAUUUGAUCUGUAUUUUUUUUUAUCACGGUGUAUACGACCAUUGUCUGUAUUGUAUUUUGUGAUGGCGAUAUUGUUGACAUGGUUCGCUUCUUUUCACAGUUUAUACAAGCAAGUUUAUCAAAUAUGAAAUUAAAUACGUAAUAUUCAUCAUCACGUGAUUACAAUCACAAUUCAAGAUGAUAUGGACCGGCAUUCUGUAUAUUCCAGCUAUAAUCGCACUUUUCUAUUGGAAUAAUUUAUUAUGGUGCUACCUUUUUGGUUUACUAACCAUAUCUUGUUUCUUUUUGGGAUGUUUGAUUGUCAUAUUCAUCAACAUUGCUCUUUCUCUGAAACAUCACACUACUGCAACAACUUCAAAAACAAUUGCAGAAAUGGAUGCCUUUCAUAAUCUGUUAAUGAAGGGGUAUAUAGCUAAAAGUGAAAAUACCAAGAAACAUGUCAGAUAUCCAUUGGUUUUUACUCGUAUGGUGGAUGGAGCUUUGCAGAAUUUAUUGGACUUAAUUUUUCAAGACUUUGUUGGUCUUUGGCUAAACGAAUUGGCUUUUAAUUCUGAACAAAUAAUUGACAAUAUGAAGCAAGACAUAUGGGGUGCAAUUCAAACUCUUCAUGAUCGUUUAUCAAAAGUGGAUCAUACGAAACUAGUUGUUUGUAGUAUAGUAAAUAAAAUUACAUUCCAUUUUGAAAAAAUUAGACUUGCUCAAACAGCUUCAACACAAGGUGAAGAUCCAGUAUUUAUUUUAUCUACACACUUAAUGUCACCUACAGCUGAACUAGACUAUUUGAAGAAGGUCAGUGAAUUGUAUAUCUUAUUUUUGUUACCACCUUGUUAUUCUCUUGCUCCAAUGAAAUAUUUAUUGAGAGAAAUUCUUACAUGCAAAAUACUGAAACCAGCAAUAGACUUAAUAACAAAUCCAGACUAUAUCAAUCAGAAAAUUUUAUCAUAUAUUGAUCAACAACAACUUGCAGAAGCAAUGCACAGAAAAACUUAUGAGUAUGCUGAAUCAUUUGAGGACUUCAUUCGUAUGAUUAAAAGCUCUAAAGAUCUAGAGGUUUUAAAGCAUAUCAGAUAUAAUAUUGUUACUGAAAUUAUGCAAGCUACAACAAUACAGAAUAUUAAAAGAGCGCAAGGUUUAGAUCCAGAUACUAAUGCAUUUGGAAAGUCUGAUGCCAUUCAAGCUCGAAAAUUGACGAGGUAUAUCAGUCAACUAACAUAUGCUAAAAAUACAUGUGAAUGUCACAUGCAAUCAUUGGGAUGGAACGGAUAUCCUGUUCAGGCUAGUGAUGUUACUGACGCAGCAGUGGUUACAGAAGAAAGAAUUUUGCCAUUGCAGUAUAUUUUAGACAAUGUGAUAGGUAGACGAUACCUUUCUCAAUUUCUCGAACAAGUUGCCAGUCAGGAUUUGAUUGGGUAUUGGGCAGCUGUACAAGAAUUACGCAAUGCAGAUAAAUCUAAUUGGCAUCAAUUGGGAGCUGAAAUCUUUUACACUUAUAUAACAUCUCCAACUGCUGAAAUAAAAGUUGACAGAGCUAUUCGUAAGAAAAUGGAAAGCUUCUUGUUAGGUGAUAUAGGGCCAAAUGUAUUUUACGAAGUUCAAGAUAAUGUUGUUAAAAUUUUGGAAGAAAAAUAUUAUCCUUCUUUUAUGGUUAGUGAUCAAUAUAAAAAUAUGCAAGAAGCAUUGCUUAAUGAAAGAGUAGAUGACUUAGUGGAGGACCGACAUAUGGGAAAUGGAACAUUAUCAGAAAAUAUAUCUUUAUUCGUUGGAGAACAUUCAAAUUAUGCUCGCAGUAAAUUGGACCAACUACAAGAAAAAUUAAAUAAUAAAAUGCAAGCUUUACAAGCAUUAAAAUCUUCGUUAAAACCAGAAAGUAAGGUUCUAAAUUUUUUGGCCAAAGAAGUUGAAUGGUUACAAAGUGAGAAAAAGCAAUUAGAAGCACAUUUAACUCAUACAGAGAUGUGGGCAGAACAUUUGGGUCAUUGGAGAGCAGAAGUGCAAAGUGCAGAAGUACCAGAUAAUGGAGAAUCUCCACAGUUUGUUUUAGUUGUCCACAUGACAGAAGGUGAAGACAACUCUGAAAGUAUAUAUAGUGGUUGGGUCGUAUUAAGAAAAUUACAAGAUUUUCAAGAUCUUCACAGAAAACUUCGCCAAUUGUGUUCUAAUGUAAAAAAUUUAGAUUUACCUUCACAACCUUUGAAGUUUUUUGGAAAGUCUGAUAAAAAUACUUUGGACAAAGCUAAAAUGCAAAUACAAAAAUAUUUAAAUUUUGUUUUAGAAGAUGAAAAAUUGAAUCAGAGCGAGGCUUUAUAUACAUUCCUUAGUCCAAGUUCAGAACAUUUGAAAUAUGCUCCUCCUUCUCCUAAAAAAUCUCGAUUCUCUUUAUCGACGUUAUUUAAAACAUCUAACAACAACAGUGAAUUGCGCGAUAAGGAAGAGGAAGAAGAUUAUUCAUUGCUAUUAGAUGAUACAGAUAGUGGCCGAUCAGCCACGGAUGGAAUUUUUAAUGUUAAUAAAGAUGCAAUAGCAGAACCUCUUUAUACACUGUUAGGUGAAAUUUUCGAUCUACGAGGAGUAUUUCGAUGGCUUCGACGAUCGUUAAUUACCUUCGUUCAAAUUACCUAUGGCCGAACUAUAAACAGGCAAAUCAGAGAUACUAUUGCAUGGGUGUUCUCAGAGCCAAUGCUUCAUUACUAUAUACAGUUGUUUACGAAAUCAUGGUGGCCAAAUGGUCAUUUAGUUUUUGAAGCAACUUUUCGUACAGACGAAGAAAAAUUAAAAACGAGAGGCGAAGCACGAAGACAGUUCUUAAAUAAUAUUCCUGAUGUCUUAACAAAUUUAGUAGGAGCGCAAAGUGCACAACGUGGUGCAAUAAAAAUAUUUGAUUCUUUACAGAAUGUGAAUUUAAAUAAACAAUUAUUUUAUGAUAUCUUUGAAGUUCUGAUGUACGAAGUAUUUCCGGAAUUUAAACGAAAACAAUAAACUUUGCUUAAAAUCAUAAUUUUUUUUAUGUUAUUUAACUAAUUAUUGUAUUUUACAUCCUUAUAUAUGUUUUAUUUAAGUCGAAUAAGUAUUUUAUUUGUAUGAAGUGAUAUGGUAUAUCUAAGCGUCAAUAAAGUAUUAAAAAUCUUUAUAGUAAGAAAAAA